UCGUCGUUAUCAUAAUCGGAAUAGUAAAAGAAAAGAAAAGAAAAGAAAGAAAGAAGAAGAUUAAUAAAAAAAAGUGUAGUAUUCUGGGAGAAAGAGAGAGGAAGAAGAAACAGGGACAAUAGCAUAGGGAACUGUGAAGAGCUGAAGGAACCUUUGUUUUUGUUGUUGUUGUUGUUGUUCGUCUGGAUUGGGUUGGCUUUAGGGCUUUGAAUGCCAUCUGGGGUUUUGCUCUCAGGCAAUCAAGCUCCAAAGCUGACCCCUUUCUCUCACUUCUAACUCACAUACCUUGUUCCAUUCUUCACUUUCUCUCUCUAGAACUACAAUGGUAGAAGACAUGUGUUUCCUCUACAAGGAAAUUCUUGUUAUGAAGCCUCCAAAGAGAUCACCAAUGUUGUUAAGGACGGCAGUCAUAAUAUUUUCGAUGGUUUGUGGCGUUUUUAUCUUCUCUGUAUGUCUAAAGCAGAUAAGCACCCAAGCUAGGACUACAUUUAUGGACUUUAAAGUCAUUGACAACCAUUCUCAGAGUAUAUUGAAGCUAAUGAAUACUCACCUACUACAUUAUCCCAAACCUUCAUCCUUUAGCAGGAACGAGUGCGCUCAUAAUCCUGUAUUAUUCUUUGCCAUAUUGUCCAAUCAGAGAUCUGGUAGUGGGUGGUUUGAGACCCUUUUGAAUAGCCACGUUAAUGUAAGCUCCUAUGGGGAGAUAUUUUCUGUUAGAGAGAGAAGGCAAAAUGUUUCUUCAAUUUUGCUGACUUUAGAUAAAGUUUACAAUUUGGACUGGUUCAAUAGUGCUUCCAAGAAUGAGUGCUCUGCUGCAACUGGUUUGAAGUGGAUGCUUAAUCAGGGAUUGGUGGAGCACCAUAAGGAAAUAGCAGAAUAUUUCAAUCAUAGACGUGUUUCAAUUAUAUUUCUUUUCCGGAGAAACUUGCUACGCAGGAUGGUAUCAAUGCUAGCCAAUUCAUAUGAUCGUUAUGCCAAGCUAUUGAAUGGAACGCACAAGGCUCAUGUACACUCUGCAGAAGAGGCUGAGAUUCUUUCGAAGUACAAGCCUAUCAUAAAUUCUACAUCAUUGCUGGAUGACUUGAAAGAUAUGGAGAUGAGAUCUGCUAAGGCUUUAGAAUACUUCAACAGCACUCGGCAUAUAAUUGUGUACUAUGAGGAUCUUAUGAGAAAUCACACUCUAAAAGACGUGCAAGAGUUUUUAGGAUUGCCACAGAUGGAGUUAACGAGCCGUCACGUUAAGAUACAUAGAGGACCAUUGUCAGACCACAUUCAGAACUGGGAUGACGUUAACAAGACACUGAAAGGAACCAUUUAUGAGAGUUUUCUUGAAGCUGACUAUUAGUCGUUAUCUCUUCUAUUCUAACUGCUGGAGAAAGGUGUAAAUACCAUGCCAACUUUGCUGAUCUUUUGCCCCCUCAGGAAAGCCUCAGGGUUCAAAAGUUUUGGUUUUGGUUCUGGAACAUUACCUCAGUGUUCUGAUGGCUUUUUUUGUCACCACCUCGUGAUCAAUUAACACCGUUGAUAAAUGAAUGCUUCUUGUUUCUUUGUAGUAUUUUUUUUUGUUUUUUCUUCUUCUUUUUUUUUUACCUUUCUUUAGUGAACAUGUAUAUGGCUUUGCCACUAAUUGAUUUAAGUAAAGACGAGCAUUGUUUUGUUCAAACCGGUGUUCAAUGAUUUGUUUGUUUGUUCAAUUUUAACCCAAUAGAUAGAUAAUACUUGAGCAAA